AGCUUGAGCCAAAGGAUGCUAUUGUCGGUUCACGCUCCCCUGGAAAAUUAAAUGAAAGCAAAAUGGAAAGCGAACACAAUGGAUCACUGCAAGAUAGAAAAAGAAACGGAUUGAAAGAGAGAGAGAGAGAGAGAGAGAGAGAGAGACAGACAGACAGACAGACAGCAAUGGUAGAAUACUCAACCUUUUAGGAUUUGUCUUCGUUUCCUCUUAGAGAUUGAUAAAAGUAUUAAUCUCCGUGUACCUGUUCUUAUGUUAGCUUUCUGGGUAUUCUCCAUUUCCCUUCAAAAUCACCUAGUUUCAUUGUCCAUUUCAACAAAUACCAUUUCACUCUUUAGUUGUUGACAUGUGAAAGUCUUAGUUUUGUGUGGGAUUUCGAGGUACAUUGAAGUUCUUUUUUCUUCUUUUUCUGGAUUUUAGUUCUUCCAAGUUAUGGCUAUGGGGGACGACAACAUCAAGCUUUGCACUAUCUUCUUCUUGUUUUUUGUCAAAUUGUCUUACAGUGUUACAGAUCCCAAUGACCUUAAGGUACUGAUGGCUUUCAAGAAUGGAUUGGAUAAUCCUGAGCUUCUUAAAUGGCCGGCUAACGGUAAUGAUCCAUGUGGUCCUCCUUCAUGGCCUCAUGUGUUCUGUUCUAAUGGUCGAAUCACUCAGAUUCAGGUGCAAAAAUUGGAUCUUAAGGGAUCACUCCCUCAAAACUUCAACCAGCUUUCAAAGCUCUAUAAUAUAGGCCUCCAAAACAACCACUUCAAUGGCCAUCUGCCCACCUUUAAAGGAUUAUCUGAAUUGCAAUUUGCAUUUUUGGAUUUCAAUGAAUUUGAUACAAUCCCAUCAGAUUUCUUUGAUGGGCUCAGUAGUAUACGUGUUUUGGCGUUGGAUGAAAAUCCUUUCAAUCAGAGUACCGGAUGGUCUCUUCCGAGUGAGUUGGCGAAUUCUGUUCAAUUGACAAAUCUUUCUUGUUCAGGAUGCAAUUUAGUUGGUCCACUGCCGGAUUUUCUGGGCAAUUUGUUGUCUCUAAAUGCUUUAAGACUUUCAUAUAAUAGACUAUCAGGUCAAAUUCCAGCGAGUUUUGGGCAAUCUUUGAUGACGGUUUUGUGGUUGAAUAAUCAAGAAAGAAAUGGCAUGAGUGGUUCAAUCGAUGUGAUUGCAAAAAUGACAUCGUUGAGGCAGCUAUGGCUUCAAGGAAAUUCGUUCACUGGAACAAUCCCGGAGAAUAUUGGAGGUCUUUCAUUGUUGAAAGACCUUAAUCUUAAUGGAAAUCAACUUGUUGGUUUUGUUCCUCAGGGCUUGGCUGAUAUGGUGCUGGAUAAUUUGGACUUGAACAAUAAUCAUCUAAUGGGUCCAAUACCAACGUUUAAGGCUGGUAAGAUUUCCUAUGAUUCCAACUCUUUUUGCCACUCCAAACCUGGUGUUUUAUGUGCCCCUCAAGUUAAUGCACUUCUGGAUUUUCUUGGUGGGUUGGAUUAUCCAUUAAGUCUGGUUUCUCAAUGGUCUGGUAAUGAUCCCUGUCAAGGGCCAUGGUUGGGAUUGAAUUGUGAUUUAAAGUCAAAGGUCUAUGUUAUAAAUUUGCCUAGACAUAAUCUUACUGGUACUCUUAGUCCUUCCAUUGCAAAAUUAGAUUCACUGGUUCAAAUUAAUCUCGGAAAAAACCAUAUCAAUGGUACAAUUCCUAGCAACUGGACCAAGUUGAACUCUUUGAAAUUGUUAGAUGUUAGUGGAAACAAUCUUAUUCCUCCUUUACCCAAAUUUCAGAAAAGUGUGAAGCUCAUUAUCGUUGGAAAUCCACUUUUAGUUAGUAAUCAGAGUCAGCAAACCCCUUCCCCUACUAGUAGUCCACCCUUUGGGAUUUCACUUCCUCCAUCAAACAACCGAUCUGGUAGCGCACAACCAUCAGCAUCCACUACUCCACCUCCUCCAACCAAGAGCUCAAACACUAAUUCAUCUGGUUUCAUCCUGUCUUCAUACCAAUCCAACAAUUCCAAAAGAACAAAACUACUAAUUGCAGGUGGAAUUACAGCUGGUUCAUUAUUGGUUCUUGUGGUGAUAGCUUUGUCCAUAUAUUACCUCUUCAAGAAGAGAAAAGAAACCUCAGAGCUUCCUAGUUCCAUUGUGGUUCACCCUAGAGAUCCAUCUGAUCCAGAAAAUAUAAUUAAGAUUGCAGUUUCAAACAACACCAUUGAGAGCCUAUCCACGCAAACUGCCACUAGUUCUGGAAGUAAUGCUACCAGUGUGGUGGAGAAUUCUCGUGUACUUGAGGCUGGAAACCUGAUCAUAUCUGUUCAAGUUCUUCGCAAGGUGACCAAAGGCUUUGCACCAGAAAAUAAGCUUGGGCAUGGUGGGUUUGGCACUGUCUACAAGGGUGAAUUGGAAGACGGAACAAAAAUAGCUGUUAAGAGAAUGGAAGCUGGGGUUAUAGGCAGUAAAGCUUUGGAUGAAUUUCAGGCUGAAAUUGCUGUUCUUUCAAAGGUCCGGCACCGACAUCUGGUUUCUCUGUUGGGGUACUCUAUUGAAGGCAAUGAAAGGCUUCUUGUCUAUGAGUAUAUGUCUCAGGGUGCCCUAAGCAGACAUCUUUUCCAAUGGAAAAUCCUGAAUUUGGAGCCUCUGUCUUGGACAAGAAGGCUGAGCAUUGCACUUGAUGUAGCCAGAGGGGUGGAGUAUCUUCAUAGUAUGACUCGGGAAACCUUUAUUCACCGAGAUCUCAAAUCUUCCAACAUUCUUCUAGAUGAUGAUUUUCAUGCCAAGGUUUCAGAUUUUGGAUUGGUGAAACUUGCUCCGAAUGGAGAGAAGUCAGUAGUGACUAGGCUUGCCGGAACAUUUGGAUACCUUGCACCUGAAUAUGCUGUAAUGGGGAAGAUUACAACUAAAUCUGAUGUGUUCAGCUACGGAGUGGUCUUGAUGGAACUUCUGACUGGGUUAAUGGCCCUUGAUGAGGAACGCUCUGAGGAAAGUCGAUACUUGGCAGAAUGGUUUUGGCGAAUCAAGUCAAGCCAAGAGAAGCUUAUGGCUUCCAUUGACCCAUCAAUUGAACCAAAUGAAGAGACUCAUGAAAGCAUCUCCAUUGUUGCUGAACUGGCUGGACAUUGCACUGCAAGAGAACCAAGCCAUCGGCCUGAUAUGGGACAUGCGGUGAGUUUGCUGGCACCCCUCGUUGAGAAGUGGAAACCAAUUAAAGAUGAAUCAGAGGAUUUUAGUGGCAUUGACUACAGUCUACCACUUCCUCAAAUGCUAAAGUUUUGGCAGGAUGCAGAAAGCACCGGAGUGAGCUAUACUAGUUUCGGUGAUAGCAAGGGAAGUAUUCCAGCUAGACCGACUGGGUUUGCUGAGUCCUUCACAUCUUCUGAUGGUCGAUAGUGAAGGUAAGAUCCAAGCAUCGAAUGAUGGCAAUAAGUUUUUCAACUAGUUGGUGUCAGUAGCCCUGUUUUCCACACAGCAUCAAGCAUCUCCUUUAUUUAUUGCAUCCAGUGAAUACAAGGUCAUCGAAAUCAAGCACUCAGAAAUUUUUGGGAUUGUUUAUUAAGCAGUGACAACUCUAUUCGAGAUGUACAUGAACUGUUGAUUUCCAUUUUCCAUGCAUUAUUCCUGGAUAGCUGGUUGUCUAUGUCUUUCUUUUUUUUUUUUUCAUAUCCUGCUGCUUGUAAAGAAAUAUUGUUAUAUUGAACUAAGUUGACUCAUUUGGUGUGUUGUUA